CACCGGCACCGGUUUGUAUUUCGAAGCGUCGCAUUCCGCGCGACUGUCGUGUUGUGAGCCGUGUUGUGUAUCAGUGAAAAAAAAAAUAAUUUAAUUUAAAAAUGGCACCAGAAAUUAAAUAUACAAAGUUGUUCAUUGACAACGAGUGGGUGGACGCCAAGAGUGGCAAAACCUUCGAGACAUACACCCCUCAUGAUGGAUCCGUCAUCGCGAAAGUAGCAGAGGGUGAUAAGGAAGAUAUAGACUUGGCAGUUGCUGCAGCAAAACGCGCAUUCCAUCGUAACUCAGAAUGGCGUCAGAUGGACGCUUCCAAACGUGGGGAAAUUCUUCGCAAGUUUUCUGAUCUCAUGGAGAGAGACCAAAAGUACCUUGCUGAGCUGGAAUCCUAUAACAAUGGUAUGGUACUAGCCCACGCCAAAACAUUCAUCGGUGGAGCUGUGGGUAUAGUCAGGUACUUGGCAAGCUGUGCCGACAAAAUAACAGGAGAAACUAUACCUUCAGAUGGCGAAGUAUUCUCAUACACCUUGAGACAACCCAUCGGUGUGUGCGGUUUAAUCCUACCAUGGAAUGGCCCGAUCUUCAUCUUCGUUAGCAAAGUGACCACAGCUCUUGCUGCAGGUUGUACCGUGGUGGUGAAGCCAGCAGAACAGACACCACUUACAGCACUCGUGCUUGCUGCAUUAUUAGCUGAGGCUGGUCUCCCUAAGGGAGUACUGAAUGUUGUCAACGGUUUUGGCCCUGGAGCUGGUAGCAGCCUUACUCACCACAGUGACGUCGCUAAGGUUUCUUUCACUGGCUCUGUUGAGGUUGGAAAACUGAUCCAACAGGCGUCUGGUAAUAGUAACUUGAAGAGAGUCACUCUCGAACUCGGUGGAAAGAGCCCUCUUAUCAUCAUGAAUGACGCAGAUUUAAACGUUGCUGUUCCUUAUGCCGCUAAUGCUGUAUUCUUCCAUCAAGGACAAAUCUGCAUAGCAGCUUCCCGUUUAUUCGUACAAUCUGGCAUUUACGACAAAUUCGUCGAAGCUGCUGUCAAGUACGCUCAGAGCAUUAAAGUUGGAAACCCAACCGAUCCCACAACACAGAACGGACCUCAGAUUGACGAGGAAAUGAUGAACAAAGUUUUGGGAUACAUCGAGAAGGGGAAAAAAGAAGGUGCGAAGUUGCUAUGUGGUGGUAAAAGAAUCGGUACCUCUGGUUACUACAUCCAGCCCACUGUCUUCGUUAACGUAACUGAUGAUAUGACCAUCGCAAAGGAGGAGAUCUUUGGCCCAGUACAAAGUAUUCUGAAGUUUGAAACUUUAGAUGAAGCUAUUGACCGGGCUAAUGCUACAAACUAUGGAUUAGCAGCUGGAAUCUUCACAACCGAUCUCAAUAAUGCUCUCCAAUUCUCCAAACACGUCGAGGCUGGAACAGUUUGGGUCAACACAUAUCUGCAUUUCACACCACAACAGCCAUUCGGAGGAUUCAAAGAAUCUGGAAUCGGUCGUGAAAAUGGUUUGGACUCACUUCUAGCUUACACCGAAGUAAAAACUGUCGCCGUUGCCUUACCAAAGAAAGUCUGAAGCAAUAUAAUUUAUGUUUCUUAGUUUUAAGACUCACAAAAUAGAGUUAUAUCUUGUAUUGAAAUCAUUAUUAUAGCUUUAUGUUUUUUAAAAUAAACGUUUAAGACUGAAACGUUA